AUGUGCAUGCGACCAAGAGCCCAAGAAGAGAAGGAUUGUCCCACGUGCAGAAGCUUUGGAGCUUCCCUGGUCUUGAGCUCCGCUGGGCUGGUAGAGCUACCGCAUAGCCCAGGCCUGAAUCACGCAGAUAAGCAGAGCGAUGGCCCCGGAAGAUGCAAUGCGCGCUGCAGGAACGCAUUCGUUUGGUUCCCCGUCAUUGUGAGAGCACACGAGCUUUGUGAAUCGUCCAAGAUGCGCUGCGUCAUCGCCCUUGCGCUGCUGGCAACUUCUGCCGUCGCGGCUCCCUCCAAGGGCUACAACACCGGCCAUGGCAACAACAAGCUCAACGUCCAGAUCGGCGACCGCCCGUACUAUCUCAUCAAUAACAUGGACGAUGGUCCCUUGAAGAAGAAGCUCCAAUCUUGUUCCGAAGGCCCGUUCAAGACCUCCGACUUCGUGGUUUCCCACCGCGGCGCCGCACUUCAAUUCCCGGAGCACACAACGGAAGGCCUCGUGGCGGCUAGGAGGCAGGGCGCCGGCAUCCUCGAAUGUGAUGUUGCUUUCACGAAGGACAAGAAGCUCGUGUGUCGUCACGCACAGUGUGACCUACACACUACAACCAACAUUCUUAACACGACUCUCGGCGCGAAGUGUACCACGCCCUUCCAGCCAGCCGCCAAUGGGCAGCCUGCGCAGGCCAAGUGCUGCACCUCAGAUAUCACCCAGGCCGAGUUCAAGACGCUCUGUGCCAAGAUGGACGGAUCCAACGCCAAUGCCACCACGGUCGAAGAGUACAUGGACGGCACGCCGUACUUCCGCACCGAUCUAUAUGCAACCUGCGGCACGCUCAUGACGCUCAACGAGUACAUCAAGAUCGUCGACUCGUAUGGCCUCAAGUUCACGCCCGAACUGAAAACUCCCGAAGUUCCCAUGCCGUUCAACGGGUACACCCAGGAGCAAUACGCACAGGACCUCAUCGACGCGUUCAAAGCGCACAAGAUCGAUGCUAGCCGCGUCUACGCCCAGUCCUUCCUGCCUGAUGACAUCUUCUACUGGAUUAAGCACGAGCCCAAGUUCGGGAAACAAGCCGUCUAUCUCGACGAGCGUGUCGACACACCCGAAGGCUACGCCAACGCCACAGCCUCCAUCCCCGAGCUCGCGAAAAAGGGCGUCCGGAUCAUGGCUCCCGCGUUCUUCGCGCUCACCAAGGUCGAUCCUACCACCAAGAAGAUCGUGCCCAGCGAGUACGCCAUCGCGGUCAAGAAAGCCGGCAUGGACAUCAUCACGUGGUCGUUUGAGCGGUCGGGAUGGCUGAACCAGGGUGGUGAUUAUUAUUUCCAGUAUGUGAAGGAGGUGGUGAACAAUGAUGGCGAUAUGUACACUGUUCUUGAUGUAUUGGUGCAGCAGGUGGGAAUCAGGGGCAUGUUUUCGGAUUGGCCGGCGACGGUUACGUAUUACGCUAACUGUUUUGGGCUGGGACAUUGA